AUGGCGCGCACAGAAACCACGGUAUCAAGAGAGCGUGUGACGGUGGUACGCCGCUACCCCUGGCCUGAAAACCUACUCAACUGGUGGACCAUCGUCAUGCUUGCAACCGGCGGCUUGAUCACCGGUGUCUUUGGCGAUUUCAUGACGAUUCAAAGCAGAAUGGGGUUAGGUACUCCUUGGCUGUUCCCUUAUGCCGUUACUGUGGGCUCACUUACUCUCUUCUUCGUCAUUCUCAUGAUCAUCUUGCUUGCGCAGAAGAAACUUCAACCUGCAUGGGUGUUACUGGGGAGUUUCAUUUUGAUUGCUCUCUUCCUUGCUGGUCUUAUCGAAACAGCAAUUCAGCUUUUCGGAAAUGGCAAUGUAUCCAGCUACUGCAACCGCUACGUCAAUAACAACAAUAUUCGCGGCGUCUCCAUCGAUACCCUGGCCUGGCUUGAACAAAACUCCAUCUGUUCGCAAUGGGAUGCCGCGUUCGCUUUCUGGAUUAUUGGUCUGGUGUUUUUGAUCUGGAUGAUGGUUAUGGCUGCUCAGGUGAAUAACAAGCGUGGUUUUUAUGAUUGA